GUUCUUUCUUUGCAGGUUAGGGUCGCCUUUACUUUACGACAAUGUCCGUGUGGCUUCUUCGACAUGCCCGCAAACUUCCUCAACCCCCAACACCGAUACUAGUAAUUUCAAAGGUGGUUCUUUGUGCGAUGCCCGUUGCUGAGAUUGCAAUUGGUGCAACAUAUCUGCAUGACUGUCCGCGGCAGCGCCACAUCCCCAUCUAUCUGAUAGUGCUGGGAGUCUUCAGCCUGGUGCUGGUGAUGCUCUCCUGCUUGCCAUGCACCCACGAGCCUGAAGACGCCCCUCCAAGCAGGCUCAGUCGAUCCAUCAUGGGCUGGAACUCACUGAUAUCUGUCUUUCUCUUCUGCUGGUUUAUUGCUGGUAAUGUGUGGACUUACUCCAUUUACCAACCCAACUACGACAAGAACACAACAAAUGUGAAUCCCUACUGCAACAGGACGCUGUACCUGUUCUCCUUCUGGACCAUGACCGUGGUCUACAUCCUCAUGGGCAUUUCCCUGGUGGUCGGCUGCAUAUACUUGGUCUUCGCCCACGUGACUGGCCGAACCGGCAGCAGUGACAAUGUCUAGAGACGGACGAAUGUGGAGGCAGGGUGCAUCUCACGGGGCUGCACGCGAUUGGUUUACGGCUGUUUUCUGCUGCACGUGUUUUUACAGUCUAUUUAAUGAGUACUUUCACUUUCACCAUUGCUGCAUU